AUGAACCAGUCUUCGACAAGCAACAUGAGGUUGCCCAGCUACAGGACUUCUCACUUACUUCGCUUCCACCCUUACCCGAGGGUAAAGUUAAGCCAACGCGAGAGCCUGAUGAACACUGUAGAUGAUCGCCUCAGUAAUUGGUACCACGUUGUUGAAGAGGACGACAAUGCUAGACCUGUGGUUCUCGACCUCUCCGACCUCCAUGAGGAGCAGCAUCCUAAUGUUGAGAAUCUGCAGGAAGUCAUUGAAGUCGCCGAAGUCGUCGAGGCCGACGCCAAACCUCGCAUCAGACGCCUCAGCUUGACCACUUUGCUCAUCGACCUUGCAGUGCUGGUGGUCAGAAAGCUGGCUUUGAAAGCCAGGUAGUUCGCCAUAGCCACACGGCGCCAGUAUUCGAUACUGAGAAAAUCAUAGUGAUCCUUAACAAGCUGGUACCAGUCUACUAAUUCCGGUUAUGCUGUCGGUUAUCUU